CGACAUACUAAAGACGCCUAUCGAUAUGGCUAUGAUGUCGGUAAGACUGGAAACUUCCAUCAUGAGACACGAGGCCCUGACGGCGUUACUUAUGGCUGUUACGGUCUGAUCGAUCCCUAUCAUCUGUUGCGCGCCACACAUUAUGUGGCAGAUGUGCAUGGCUAUCGCACGGUGGAGCCAGAGAAGCCAGUGGAGACCUUCCCGCCCGGUCUGUACAAUGAGACGAACGGUGGUCCGUCCAAGCCUGGCAUUCUGCUCCAGUGGCACGAACUCUACUUUCCAAUUGGCUGCGGCAAAUUUGAGGGCGGUGCCGUCCAUGACAUACCCUAUUUCAUAGUGGAUGAUAACAAACAAAAUGCCGGCUCCUCAGCCGGCUCCUCAAUCAGCGUACCACUGAGGGGCACGGCGGAGAAGAGUUUGCCCAUUCACAGUCAGGGACCGAAGGGCCUGUUCAAUACAGGUGGAGAACACACUUACGAUGGACCUGGCGUUCAGGCUCCGUCCUCCCAUUCGGUGGCAGCCCUCAGACCCGGAAAUCCAGGCGACAAUGGAAAGUACACACCAGAUAAUAGGCCCUACAAUCAUAUCGUGGGCGCCCAAGGCGGCCAGGGCGGGUUCGGCCCCAAUGGAGGGCCAACUGGACCGAACGGAGGUUUCGGUCCGAAUGGAGGACCGAACGGUCCCAGUGGAGGUUUCGGACCUAAUGGAGGACCGAACGGUCCCAGUGGAGGUUUCGGACCUAAUGGAGGAUUUGGACCGAACGGACCUAAUGGACCCAAAGGUCCUGUUGGCCCUCCUGGCCCACAUGGCCCCAACGGGCCACCUGGACCUUUCGGACCACCCGGACCCCCCGGACCACCGGGACCAGUCGGCGUGGGACCGGGAGCCUCAGGAAAGCCGGUAUAUAGGGAUGGCGAUCGCACUGGCACCGGUGCUGGCAACAAUAUUGGCGGUGGAGAUGCCUACGGCCCAGGUGGCGGUACCGGCACCGGUGGUGGUUACAGAUAUUCCCCCGGCAGUGGCUCCGGUAACGGCGAUGGUGGCAAAUACAGUCCUGGCACUGGCAUCGGACCCGGUGGCGGUAAUGCUUACCAGACCGGCAGUGGUUCCGGUCCAGAUGGUGCUGGCACUUACCGUCCCGGCAACGGUGGCGGUGUUGGUGGCGGUGAUGCCACCGGUCCCGGACCUCUGGGCGGUGGCGAUAGGAUCCGUCCCGGCAGUGGUGGCAAAAUCGGUGGCGGUGAUGCCUACCAUCAAGGUGGCGGUGAUGCCUAUCGCCCAGGCGCCGGUGUCAAUAUCGGAACCGGCACUGGUGGCCGUCCGGGCGGCGGUAAUGGUGACUAUAGCGGCAACAAGCCCGACAACAGUGGCGCCUACAAUGGACACACAAAUACCGGUUUUCCUGAGGCAAUCAAAUACACAUCAGGUUAG